AUGGGGUUUCCAACUGAAACGACAACGGCUUUAUAGUACCGAUAAAAUAAUAUUAUUAUUAUAUUUAUUACUUUCUCCGCGAAACGUUUCGCCCGUUAGUCAGUUACCGAGAAUCGCCGUGCAAAUGUCAAUAAUUAUUCGAAUUUCGUCAAAAACACAUUAUUAAUAUUAUUAUUCUACCAUAGUAUCUAAGUGCAUAUAAUAUUAUAUAUAUAUAUAUAAAUAUUUAUAAGAUAUUAUAUUAUAUGCGUACAUAGUGUAUUAUCGUGCAUAAUAUUAUACAUUAUAAUAUUGAUUAUUUAUUACCCGUUGUAGUCGUCGGUCCGUCGACAAAAUAAUAAUCCACGCUUACUCAAUAUUAUAAUAAUAUUUUAUACAUAACGCGUUUCUGACGGAAUAAAAUCGAUCGAACGGCAUAAUCGCCAUAGUUUGAUGUCGUACCGAUAAAUCUGUUUUGUGUCUUGCGAUUUAUGUUAAACCGCUGAUUGAUACGUAUAAUAGGUUUGUUCCGCGUCGAUUAAUAUACCAUAACACGAUGUCGAGUCUGGAUAACUCCGCAGCGGCUGCGAUUUACGAUGAUUGCGACAACACGACGUUGGCAGUCGAGAACGAUUAUUCGGAUCGGCCGUCCUGCAAAAACGACCAGUCUUCUGGAAAAAAAAAGCUAACCUUAACACCAGAACUAAGACAAUUAUCAUUUGAUUUCUUAAAGACACAAUGUUCUUACAGUGAUUCUAGAUUUAUUCGUUUAAAUGGUUUACAAUAUUUGAAAAACAAAGAGAUUACGUUAGAAGAAAACAUGGAGCUCAUUAGUGAAAACAUAUUAGUAGAAAGGAAACAUUUCCAAGAUGUUGUUGACAGUUUAUUAAGUCAAGUAGUACAGCUGGAAGAAGAUAUUGAAUUGAAAACAAUCAAGAUUGAAAACUUGCAACUGUACAACUCGGAAAAAUUGAAAAUUAUUAACUCACUUACGACAGCACUUAAUGAAACCAAGUGGAAGCGUGAUAUGAUGCAGCAAUUUUGCGAAGAACAUGCACCAAACAUUCUUUACAAAAGUAUGUUGCUUGUCAGUGGUAUUUUGGAUAAAAUAUCUAUUUUUAAGUCUAAUCAGGAUAAACUACAUUCAUGUUUGUCUAACUUGGAAGACAACUGUCCAUUAGUUAAAGCAGUCAAACAACUAAAAUCUGAUUGUGAUAAAUGUAUCAGUAUCAUUGAGAAAGCUACCAUCAAAGAACUAUCUUAUGCAUUGAUGAACGAAAAUGACUUUAAUAACACAAUAAAACAAACUAUUUACAAUCUACAACAUUUUCAAUUCAAUGUACCACUUGAUUGUAAUUCUGCCGUUGAAAAUAUUGGUUUGUUGAAAAUCUCUCAGAGCAGUGAACAUAAUUUAAAUGAUAUGAUUAGCCUAUGGGAAUUAGUUAAGGAAUUGUUUCAGAAACAUCAGUAUCUGACAAAUAAAAUAAUUUCACUUAAUAUGCAAAAAAUUGGUUUGCAGUUACAACUUGAUGAAAUGGAAAAUAAUAAGAAAGAGCUCGAACUAAAAACUUUAACAGAAAUUGAAGUAGUGGAAAAAAAAGAAGAAUUGUUAAAUCAAAAUGAAUCAAUGAUUCAACAACAUUGGGAUGAAAUGGAUACUAGUCAAGAAAUAGUGAUACAAACUCAAAGAGCUCAAGACAUCGAUCAAGAAUUAGAAGAUCUUCAAAUAGAAUACCACAGUUAUGACAAAGAUAAUAAACAGUUGAAAACAGAUUUGUAUCAUCUUGAAAAUGAAUUGACCGAGUAUCAGCUCAAAUGCAAACAAUUGGAAAUUGAGACCAAACAAAUUGAAAUCGAAAAGAGUGAACUUUUAGAAGCAUAUGCCAAAUCUUGGGGACAUUACAAUGAAAAACAAAAGAUCAAAUACACAGGGAGGCUUAUUAAAGACAUAGAUUCCAUAACACAGGAAAUUAAAGCAUUAGAACUGGAAUUUGAAAAAAAAGUACAAAAUGUUACAUCUAGUGUCCGAACUCCGGUUUUUAGUAAAACUCAACCAAAGUCUGAAAAAACCACACGAUCAUAUGGAGUUAUUGAUUCACACAAACGUCAAAACAAAAGCUUGUUUCGGGAAGGUGUUGUCCGUAAUUUACGUUACCAAUGAUCAAAUUAGUUUACCUCAAUAAUAUAAUCCUGUCAACUGCGUUUUCACUAUUUUACGACUGAUUUUGUUUUAUUUUUUUUUAACCAAUUUCAUGUAUGUUAAUUAAAUUAAUUAAUUUUAGGUAUUAUAUUAUAUAUUUUUUUAAUUUGAA